UUGGUUAGAUCGACACUCUGACGUCAUUCAUUCACGGGAUCUCGCUCGAGCAGUUUGGAGAUUUGUUGAGGAUAUUUUCAUUUAUUUUGGUAAAGUUAACAAGAAUCACAAUGGCUUUAAGUGACGACGAUGUUCAGAAACAGAUCCAACAUAUGAUGGCUUUCAUCGACCAGGAAGCCAAGGAAAAGGCAGAGGAAAUUGACGCAAAGGCAGAGGAAGAGUUUCAAAUCGAGAAAGGUCGUCUUGUUCAGCAACAGAGGAUCAAGAUCUCAGAAUUUUACACCCGCAAGGAGAAAAAUCUUGAUCUUCAAAAGAAAAUUCUCCAGUCAAACAUGCUCAACCAGGCCAGGCUCAAAGUCCUGAAAUGCAGAGAAGACCACGUGCAGGCCGCACUGGACGAAGCCCAGGAAAGGCUUACAGAACUCACCAAGAACAAGGCCAAGUAUAGGCAGGUCCUGCAAGGCUUGAUCACGCAAGGUCUCUUUCAGCUCCUGGAACCCAACGUCGUCAUCCGCUGCAAGGAAAGUGAUGUCAGCGCGUGUAAGGAGUGUGUGCCUGAUGCAGUAAAGGCUUACAGAGAAGCCAGUAAGAAAGAAUGCAAUGUCGUCAUUGAUCCAGAGAACUUCUUGUCCCCUGAACUGAGUGGUGGUGUAGAGCUAUAUACACCCAGCGGUACUAUCAAAAUUGAAAACACCCUUGAGAAGAGACUAGCGCUUACAAGUAAUCAGAUGCUCCCCGAGAUAAGGAACAAACUCUUUGGUGCAAACAGCAACAGAAAAUUCUUAGAUUAAAUCUUCGAAUCAUCCUUCAAGUAUAUUAUAUUGCUAUCAGUUCAGAAAUUAUAUUAUACGAUAAUCUAUUCUUGUCUGUCUGUAAGUGUAGUUAGUAGGUUUAAUGUCAUAAACUUCUUAGCCCAG